CAAACGUAUGGAUUAUUUAUGGUGGAAGGUUCGUGCCGCAGUCUAAAAUUCACAGUCUUUAUUUAUUUUCAUGUAUUUUGCUAUAUCUUUUGAAUUGUAAUCAUGAUGGAGGGUUCAUUAAGUAAAUGGACAAAUGUGAUGAAAGGGUGGCAGUACCGGUGGUUCGUGCUGGACGAAAAUGCUGGCCUGCUUUCUUAUUACACGUCUAAAGAGAAAAUGACCCGAGGAGUUAGAAGAGGCUGUGUUCGGCUGAGGGCAGCCGUCAUAGGCAUCGAUGAUGAAGACGAUUCCACCUUCACCAUCACCGUAGACCAUAAGACGUUUCAUUUCCAGGCCAGAGACGGUUCAGAAAGAGAAAGAUGGGUGCGCGCGCUAGAGGAUACUAUCGCCAGACACGGGCGGCGGGAGAGGUGGUCGCGGUGCAUGCCUGCGCCCAGACACAGGCACGGAGACUUGGAGAGGAGGAUAUCCGAGGCUGACGCUUAUCUACAAAUUAUGAUUGACCUAGUUUCUAAAAUGAGUAUUCGUGUGUCGGAGCUAGCUGAUCCACUCGAAAAGAAUAAAGGCCAAGUUAUAUUAGACCAUUCCAAUGUCAUGCUGGACAAUAUAAAACAUUCCAUUGUUCUGCUACAAAUAGCUAAGAACACAGUAAAUCCAGUUAACGGAGUUUAUACGGGACCCACGAACCCCUCACAAUCACAUAUCAAACAAGACGCAGAACUGUCGCCGCGCGUUGAACUGGGCGCGGAGUGUCGCGAGUUGGCCACGCCCACUCAUCCCCUCCCGCCCCUCGAACACCUGGAGGCUCCUCCGAUGUCCCUGCUGGUACCGGACACGUCCUACUCGUCGUCAGAAGGCGAGGAUGACUUCUAUGACGCUGAUGACGCGCCCGCCGACACCGUGCUGCCGGGACCAAGUGCUAGUCGUACUUGCCAGGCGGAGGGCGCGCCGGAGCAAGACUCAGCGCAGCCCACCGUCGACCUGCCCCGCACUCGCGAUGGAGAGAUCGACUAUGAUGCGCUGUACGAGGACGAGUCGGACAGCGACCUCGGGUCCAUGGAGAACCAUGGAUCCGUGGUCACCCAUCUCCUGUCACAGGUCAAGAUUGGAAUGGAUCUCACUAAGGUUGUGCUACCGACAUUCAUAUUAGAGAGGCGAUCACUUUUAGAGAUGUACGCAGACUCCUUCGCACACCCGGACCAAUUUGUUAAGAUAGUAGACCAGCCGACGACUCGCGAGCGCAUGAUACAAGUGGUGCGCUGGUACCUCAGUUCGUACCACGCCGGCCGCAAGUCGCAGGUCGCCAAGAAACCAUACAACCCCAUACUGGGAGAGGUGUUCAGAUGUCACUGGGACCUGGACGGCAUGCCCGAGAACCACUCCGCUAAUAAUGAUAAGCAAGAAGUUGGCGACGGUCCGGUACCCUGGUGCAGUCCCGACCAACUAUCCUUCGUAGCAGAACAAGUCUCUCACCAUCCCCCCAUAUCAGCAUUCUACGCGGAGCACGUAAACAAACGUAUACAGUUUGAGGCCUGGGUGUGGACUAAGAGCAAGUUCCUCGGCCUCUCCAUCGGAGUACACAAUAUUGGAAAAGGGACUGUCACGCUUUUGGACACCGGAGAAGAAUAUACGCUAACAUUCCCUAAUGGAUACGGCAGAUCAAUAUUAACAGUCCCCUGGAUAGAGCUGGGUGGCUCAGUCGUAAUAGAAUGCGUUCAAACUGGCCACAAGGCCAACAUUGAGUUCUUGACCAAGCCAUUCUAUGGAGGCAAGAAACAUCGGGUGACAUGUGAAGUAUUUGCCGGAGCUGACAAGAAACCUUAUUAUACUGCACAAGGAGAAUGGAACUCCAGGAUGGAUGGACGGUGGACUGAUACUGGUCGUUCGGAAGUUCUAUUCGAGGUGAGCAGUAUGAAGGCGCGUCGCAAGCGCGUGGCGCCGGUGUCCCGUCAGGCUGCGCACGAGUCGCGGCGCGUGUGGCGCCACGUGACGUGCGCGCUGCGCGCCGCCGACUGCGACGCCGCCACCAGCGCCAAGCGCGCCGUCGAGCAGGCGCAGCGCGACGCUGUCAAGGCCAGGGACGCCAGCGGGGAGAAGUGGAACACUCUCCUGUUUACUCCUAAAGGCGACGACGGCUGGGAGUACAUGACGCCCCUGACCAAACGCCUCAAGCCAUCCAAGACAACGCCCCAACACAAAAACGGUGAAACGGCAGAGAACACUAGAUAAUCUACUCAAACCAACCUUGGACUAUUAGGAUAAGGUAGAAAUUCCUCUGUCACAGCAAAACGGACCUUGUAGGGUAGGACAAUGUUCACAGUGACGCACUGUUCCAAUGACACAACGCUUCGAGUAUUCUCGGCAAUCGACGGCCGUAAGAGAGAGACGGCAAAAGCUUGUUUCUCUUUCUAUAUUCGAAGUUUUGUGUCGUUUUAUUUUAGGUAUCGGGAAAGUUGGACCGCUGUUGUCUCUUUUGCCAUAAUUUUACGGUUUCGGAUGUCGCGCAUGCUAUAGGAAUAGGAAAUUAUAAUUAUUUUAUUAAUAAUACAAUAUGGUAGGCCUUUUAACUUUUUAAAAUAUAGGAUUGAAAAGAAUGAAGUUACGUUAAUACCUUAUCAGACGAAUAAAUUUGAUUUUGGACUGUAAGGCAUUUGAGAAUAAAGCUUAAGGUCGUAUGACGCAAGCGUAGUGAGUGAGUGAGACAAGUAUAGGUACACAACUUUACUCCAAAGAAAUAAAGUUCUUAGCAAGAGGUUAAUAAAAAUAAAAGGAAGUCAUUAUAUCGAUUACUAUCGAUAUUUGAUUAAAAUAUAACAAACUUAUGAACUAUGUAAGUUGUAGCUAAACAAUAAUGUAUAGAAAGCCAAUUUUCCGAACGAGAAAAUACAAGAAUAUCGAUAUAAAACUAUCGAUACCUAUCGACGUUUCCAACCUAGAAGCAUGCGCGACACUAUUUAUAAUAAGUUUUAUUUUAUAAUUAAUAUUUUCAUAUAAAUUCUCAAUUCUCUAUAUGGCCUAUGAUAGUUGAUUCAGCAAUAAAUAAAUGGUUAUUGUAAAUAGUACUCUAUGCUAUUCAUAUUGCAACGCUUUUUGUAAAUUUUUGUUCGUCUCGGACACGCGAUACGCACGAUAGAGCAAAGGACUUAGAAAUAAUAAUAUGAACGUAUACUAUGUGUACAGGCACAUCAAGCUACACUGAUCUUUAAAGAAUUUU